UAGCUACUGACGUGAACUAUUUUCUUUGCUUAACUCGUUGACAUCGCCAGAUGCCAUCGAGCGCCGGCGGCUGCAUAACGAAAACGAAGCACUAAACAGUGAGUCUACGCCGCUUACUCUAUUUAAUUGAUCUAUUAUGCCGUCCAUCGAUACCGGAUCAAUAGCUACCGGUCUACGACGAUGAAGCUGCUCUGCAUCCUCCCGGUUCUCCUCCUCGCGUGCGUGGAGCCCGCCGCCUCGUCCGUCCAGAGCUACGAUUCCAUCUUCAGCUUCGGCGACUCCUUCGCCGACACCGGAAAUGACAUCGUCGUUUUCGGGGAGAACUCGCUGGUGACCCCUGCCGCCGAGCUUCCCUACGGCAUGACAUUCUUCGGCCGCCCCACGGGACGCAACUCCAAUGGCCGCCUCAUCAUCGAUUUCAUUGCUGAGAAGCUCGAGCUGCCGUUCGUCCCGCCCUAUCUGACGCACAACGGCAGCUUCCGCCGAGGCGCCAACUUCGCCGUCGCCGGCGCCACCGCUCUGGACGCCAGUUUCUUCAGAGACAUCCCGGGUGUGGGCCAGUUUGUUCUCAACUCCAGCUCCGGCGUGCAGCUGCGGUGGUUCGACUCCCUGAAGCCAUCGCUGUGCAGCCCUGAACAAGCGUGCCGGUGCUUCUUCAAGAAGUCACUCUUCUUCAUGGGGGAAAUCGGCUUCAACGAUUACAGCUUCGCUAUUUUCGGAAUGAACACUACGCAGCUCAGAUCCAUCGUCCCAGACGUGGUCAAAACCGUCUCCGCGGCCAUUGAGGUAGUAAUCAAACAGGGGGCGAGGACCGUCGUUGUUCCUGGGAUCCCUCCCCUCGGAUGCACGCCGCCCAACUUGUUUUUCUUUCCUAGCACCGACCCGGCAGGCUACGAGAACAGCACUGGGUGCCUCAAAGAUCUCAACGAGAUAGCCGUCCACCACAACUCCCUGCUGCAAGAGUCACUCAAGAAUGUACGGAGGAACCACCCCAUUGCCAGGGUCGUCUACGCCGAUUUCUUCACCCCAGUCAUCGAGAUGGUGCAGUCUCCUGACAAAUUUGGACUUAUACAAGAUGUUCUUAGGUGUUGCUGCGGUGGAGGUGGGAAGUACAACUUCAACAUAAGCGCCGGCUGCGGUAUGCCCGGCGCCACGGUGUGCGAGGACCCGUCUGCAUACUUGUUUUGGGAUGGACACCUCACGGAGGAGGCCUACCGCUAUAUUGCCAAAGGCUGGUUGAAUAGCAUAUACAAUUUGGAAUACUAGCAGUAUAUUAGCCUGGGUACACAGAAUUGCCACCAUCUCAUUAAAUAUUUUAUCUUUAAUCUGCCAUCACGCAUAUAUUAUUAUCUUAUAUGUCAUGUAUGGAGAAAGCUAAAUUUUGGUCUUCUCAUUGGCUAUCCAUAUAACAAGAACUUUUGGACCUCCCAUAUCGACUUAA